ACUGCCGAGCCGAGCUAGAGAGAAAACCAGUCAAGACUCAAGUUUGGUUACCCUCAAGUUUUGACAAAUAUGGAAAUCAAUCGAACCAAUUACAACUUUGAGUCAAGGAAUAUUUUUGAAAGUAUUCGAGAUAGCUGUUUCGUUGCCAUUGAUACAGAAUUCACUGGUCUUCAUGCAACACAGGAUGAUAUCAACAGCCUGUUUGACACCCCAGCUCAGCGAUAUGAGAAGCUUAGGAGAAUGGCCAUGCAGUAUACCAUCUGUCAGCUAGGAAUAUCUGCAUUUGUCAAAGUACCAAAUAAGAAUGAGUAUGAGGCACACACAUAUAACUUCUAUCUCUUUCCAAGGAGUAUAUCCUCUGUGGAUUCCAGAUUUACAUGCCAGGCAUCAAGUAUCGAAUUCCUUUGCAAACAUAACUUCAACUUUAAUAAGCUUUUCUAUGAAGGUCUGAGUUACCUUACAAGAGAUCAGGAAGAUGAACUGAGAAAACAAGCACAAACCAAACCUGUUCAACUUGCAAGGUAUAUGGAUGAAGAUCUGCAGAGAGAGGCACUAACAACCAUCUCUGAAUGGUUAUCUGAAGCAGACACAGGAGGUGAACUUACAGUUGGACAAUAUGAAGGUUAGAAGAAAUGCCACUUUUAUUAUAUAUGUAUUUGUAACAGACAGUCUUUAUUCCUAGAUAGCAUAGAAUGUAAUUGAAUAAACAUUAAUUUAAUCCCACCUUGUAUAAUUGAUCCCAACAUUUUUUUUUAAUUCUCCAUAUCGCUUUACAGAAGACACACCAUUGGGUGGAAAGUUUCUUGUUGGUCAAGUUUUGAUCUUCUAGCCAUUGCCAAUUCGUCCCUUAUUUCACGAAGUGACGGAUGAGCGCGCAACUUUUAAAAAGUUAGUUUUUAGUAAAUCGCUUUCAAAGGUUUAGACCUCAAUCUCAACGUCUUUCAAGUAUGCAGGGUGGAUAAAUUUCAUAUUAUCGUUUAGGGCAUAUUCUAGGCAAUGUUCAAGUCCAAUCAUUUGCAUCUUCUUUAAAUAUAAGAAGAUAAUGAGCUGUAAGCAGAACCAUAUUUUUGUGAAAAAAAUAUUUUACGGGACGCGCUUAGAUUUAUUUUCACGAAGUGACGGAUGGUGCUCCGCGCGUAUAACCGUCACUUCGUGAAAACCCUAAAUUCAGGACGCGCUGCAAAUUUAUUUUUACGAAGUGACGGUAGAAGCUUUGCCUCAGUCCCACGCAUAGUCUUGGUUGUAAUUCUAUAAGUAGGCUAUAGAUAUCAUAAAUAACUGAUUUAAUUGCUAUUGCAGACGAAAUAAUUCCAAAUGUGAGAUCAAUUAGCCCUACAUUUUCCCCUUUUGGUACAAAUAUAAUUUUAUUUUCACAAUGAAUACCGUGGAGACGCACGGGGCCGGGGAUUACUUUCUUUUUAUCUCCUACGUUUUAGAGGACACUGAAAUAUGGAAAUCUCUAUUCAUAUAUAUGUCAAUCAGGCCAUUUUUUUCACUUUCUUUUUAUCUCCACGUUUUAGAGGACACUGAAAUCUCUACUCAUCUGUCAAUCAGGCUAUGGAUUAAAUGAAUAUAAUGUCAACAUGUAACACAUUGUCUUCCUUGUAAUUUUAUGUUUGAGAAAGUAGAAUUAUACCGUUCGAGAACACUUACUUCGUUGGAAUUGAAUAAGUAACAUCACCAACAAGCGUCAGUUUGUUUUGACUAACUUGCCUCACUGCCCCCCCCC